UAGAUAAUUGGAAUACGUGAGAUCCUAGUCGAGAUAGAGUGUAGAUGAUAACUGUUUGUACCUGUAAAUUAAAAACACCUAGACUGGCUCCCACAGGGAAAAUGAUUAUUUAGAUUGACUUGAAGAGUCGAGUUUUUGAUUCGUAAUUGGAAGGAUUCGUCUGAUCAAUCCCGUCCAUUGAUUCAAGGACGAAUAUAGUCAAGUAUUGGAGAUUUGUAGUCAAUACUGUCGGUGAGAACCGAUUCGAUGGUGGGUAUAGGACUCGAAAAGUUAUCCAGGAAAAUGUGAGUAAAUCAGCAAUCUACCUGAAGUCGCCUUCGAACGAUUCGUCAAUUUUUUUCGAACCUACAACAAAAAUCUCCCAAUCACCAAACGCCGGACGGACGAAGGUUCUGACGUCCCCUCCUUGCGUAGUAUUCAUAAGGUAUAAAUUGUAAUUCUCUCUGACAGCGAUGUUAAUUACUUAAUUGUAUCGAGACGAAUCGAAUCUUUAUAGCGUAUCAUUUUGUGCCCUUUUACGUCGCUUAAUAAAAAAGGUUUGUCGAUAUCACCGUUCGUCCGGAACUGCGUGACGCACAUCUUCCAAGGAGAGUCGUAAAUUAAAGUGAGCUCGGGCCAAGGUCAGUCAUUUGACGCCAUCGGAGGAACAAAAAACGAUUAUUUUUUUAAGGAUGUAAAAUUAAAAAAGUAUGACGAUGACUGAUUUAAAAAAUGAACGAGAGAUUUUUGGCUUGUCUUCAAGGCCAAAACAAAAAAUAAAAUUUUUAUGUCUUAAAACUAACAAUUAAAUAAGGACUAUUCUCAUCAAUCAACAUGGCUUGUGCUUGUAUACAUCUCUGGUUAUCUUCUGCUUACGGAAAACUUGGUCGACUGAUCGCUCGACAUCCUGUUUUAUUUAUUAUAGUGCCAUUCAUAUUGACUGGUUUAAUUUCUUUAGCCAUGUUGAAAUUAUAUAUCCUCAAGGACUUAGAAUUUCUAAUGACUCCUAUAAAUGGUAGAUCUAAAAGAGAAAGAGAAGCCGUCGAAUCUAUUUUUCCUCCUGAUGCAGAAGAAAUGGAUAUAUUGAGGCUAUCCCGAUUCCCUAGAUACGGAUGGGUGAUAAUGGAAGCUAAAGAUGGAGGCUCCAUGCUACGUGAAUCCAUCAUGAAUGAUAUUUUUCUUCUUAACGAAAAGAUAAGAAAUAUUACUGUACAACAUGAAAAUCGUUCUUUAAGAUAUUCGGAUAUUUGCCAAAGAUCUUAUGAAGGAGAAUGUUUCUUUAAUCCUGUUUUGAAUCUUCGUGGUAAAAUAUCAGAACUGAAAAGAGGAACGUUUAAUAUCAGGUAUCCAAUUCAUGUGGAUGAUCUUACUUUUUAUGCUACUGUAUAUGCAUAUAAUUUGGGCGGUGUGACCGUAGAUGAAGUAGGUUACGUAAAAUAUGUCAAGGCUCUCAGAUUGUUUUAUAAUUUAGAAAGUUAUACUCCAGAGAAGAUGAAAAUUGCUAAAAAAUGGGAAAGAAUGUUUUUAAAUAAAAUAUCCGGAGAUGAAUUUGAGAAUAUUUGGGUCUAUAAACUUAUAAGAGAGUCAUGGGAUGAAGAAACUAGUAAAGUGACAGAAGCUGUAUUACCCAUGUUAAUAUUAGCAAUUGUAAUCAUGCUGAUUUUUGGUGCUGUUUCUUGCAUGACUUUACAUUGGAAAACUAGUAAACCUAUAGUUGGAAUUUGUGGGGCUCUGUCAUCUGGAUUAGGAAUCUUGUUCGCUUUUUCUUUUUUACAAUUGUGUGGAGCAACUUGUGCUGACCUUACUAUAGGAGUUCCCUUUCUGAUUUUAGGUGUAGGAAUGGAUGAUGCUUUCGUUCUUUUAGCAGCAUGGAGAACAACAGAUCCAAAGAAGUGUGUAGAGAAAAGGAUGGAAGAAACUUAUUCCGAAGCUGCUAUUUCUGUGACGAUUACUUCCUUAACAAACUUUUUAGCCAGCUGCAUAGGAUUAUCCACACCCUACCGAGUGAUACGUAUUUAUUGUCUUCAUAUGGCCUUAGCAGUAUUAUUUGUUUAUGUGAUACAAAUCACAUUUUAUGGUGGGUGUCUUUCUAUCAGUGGCUAUAUGGAAAACAACAGUUUUCGUGAGGUCUUAUGUUAUCACCUCAAUUUCCAGAAAGAAGAAUACCAGAAAAAUUCCAUAUAUUUCACAGGGUUUCAAAAUACCCAUCAGAUGAAUGUUUUAAUUAAUACAGUUUUUGAAAAACUAGGCAAGAUACUCACUUAUAAUGCUACAAAAUUAUCACUGUUGUUCGUUUACGUAUUAUAUAUAAUCAUAUCUGCUUAUUAUGCAACUUAUUUAGAUGCAACAUUCAAGUAUGAUUCAUCCCUGCCUCGUUACUCUUAUGCUGCGUCAUUUAUAGGUGCUCAAUAUAAAUAUUUCAGGGAAUAUCCAUUAAGUGUUCAAGUGGUCAUAAAUAAAACACUUGAUUAUUCAGAUCCUCAAGUGCAAAUGGACGUCAAUCAUAUCCUGAACAAAAUAGCGAAUGUCCCUAAUAUGGCAGGAAUAUCUCUAAUAGAUUCAUGGCUCCAUCAAUAUUUACGAUUUGCCAAGGAACCUAUAUCGAGAUUUACUUUAGGUGGAUAUAAUUUAAGUCAUUCAGAAGAUUUUAUACAAGGUUUCAAAACUUUUGUGAAUCUCAGAUCUGCAAAACGGUAUAAAGGAGAUGUUAUAUUUAAUGAAAAUGAUACACGUAUAGUGGCAUCCAGGUUUAUCUUGCAAUGCACAAAUUUGACCAAUUCUUUCGUGGAAAACCAGCUGAUAAAUAAUUUAUGGAAAAUAGCCGAUUCUGCUAAAUAUCCCGUAUAUAUUCACAAUUUGUACUUCUUUUUAUACGACGUAAAUAGUGAAUUGUAUUCAACAACAAUACAGUGUUUAUAUAUAUCAGCUGUGGUGAUUGUGGUCGUGUAUCUUAUCUUUGUACCAAACAUCGUAUGUGCUUUCUGUAUAUCUAUUACAAUUAUCUCAGUGGAAAUUGGUCUGCUAGGUUUUAUGACAAUUUGGAACGUGCCAUUGAAUGUCGUAUCCAUGGUAUGUUUAGUGUUGUCUGUAGGAUUCUGUGUCGAUUAUUCGGCUCACGUCUGUUAUGUUUAUGUAAAUAGUUCCGAGAAAGAUAGAAAUGUCAAAUUACAAAACGCACUUAGAGAUGUUGGCUUUUCGGUUUUUCAAGGAUGUAUUUCAACAGUCCUUGGUGUGAUAGUUCUAUCACGUGCUCCAUCCGACGUAUUCAUUAUUUUUUUUAAAAUAAUAUUUUUAGUUAUGAUAUUCUCAUUCGUCCACGGUGUCAUUUUCUUACCUUUAGUAUUAAAUACGUGUGAUAAACUUUUUGAUUUUUUAAAAUUAGACAAAAAGAAUUUAUAUAACAAUAGUAAUAAUAUUACUAAUAAUAAUAAUAAUAAUGUAAUCUUUACUAGUGUGCCGCAAAUUACCAAUAAUACUGAUUAA